AUGGCGCCGGCGACGUCGAGCUCCGGGGCCGCGCGGGGGGUCCGCAUCCUGGACCCGGAGGAGGUGAGGAGGAGGGCGGCGCCGUGGACCUCCCUGGGGGUCGACGAGGCCGACUGCGAGGAGGAGGCGGCGGGGAGGGCGAGGGCGAGGGCGCGCGAGUGCGACGUCUACGUCGGGCACGGAGGCGACGCGCGGCGGAUGGCGGCGUGGCUGCGCGCCGAGCUGGAGCUGCUGGGCGUGCCCUGCGUCGCGGCCGACCGGCGCCGGUGCGGGGACGCGCCGGCGCACGCGGCUGCGCGGGCCGCCGUGGACGCGGCCGUGGUGGGGGUGGUCCUGGUCACGCCGACGACGCUGCGCAACCCCUACGCCGUCGAGGAGGUCCGGGCCUUCCUGGACCGCGGCGCGCUCGUGCCGGUCUUCGUCGGGGUCAGGAGAGGCGACUUCGUCGCCGAGGACGUCGUGGCGGGGCGCGGUGACCUGUGGGAGAAGUACGGGGGCCAUCUCUGGAUGGCCUACGACGGGCUGGAGGAGGAGUGGAGGGAGGCCGUGGAGGGGCUGGCCCGCGCGGAGCCGGCGGUGGAGGUGCGCGUCGGCGACCUCCGGGACCGCGUCCUCGACGUGCUCGAGAUCCUCGGCGCGCGGCUCGGGCGGCGGGCAAUAUCCCCGGCCGUCAGGGCGUGGCGCGCCGAGGCGGGCCUGGAGAUCCCGUUCCCCUGGAACACGGGCUUCGUCGGCCGGGAGAAGGAGCUGCUCGACCUGGAGUCCAUGCUGUGCGGCGGCGCUCGUGCCCACGACAAGGCCUCCAGGAAUAGGCCGAUGCAUCCGAACGGCGCCUUCGUCAGCGAGUGGCCCUUCCUGGACGGCGUCGUCUGCAUCUCCGCCGCGUCCGGCGCCGGGAAGACGGAGCUGGCGCUCGAGUUCGCGCACCGGCACUGGCACGAGUACAAGAAGGUGCUCUGGGUGCACGGCGAGGCGAGGUACCUGCGCCAGAGCUACCUCAAGCUCGCCGACCACCUCGGCAUCGCCGUCGGCGACAGCUUCCUGCAGUCUACAGGGCGGGCCACCGCCAGGAGCCUCCACGACAUCGAGGGCGACGCCAUCGCCAAGAUCAACAAGGAGCUCGCCCGCGACAUCCCGUACCUCGUCGUCAUCGACAACCUCGAGAGCGAGAAGGACUGGUGGGACCGCCGGGCCGUCGGGGAGCUCCUGCCACGCGGCUGCCGGCGCACGCGCGUCAUCGUCACAACGCGGCUCGCCGGCGGCAUCGAGGGGGUCAGGACGCUCGCGCUGGGAGACCUCGACGCGUCCAACGCCAUGCGCCUGAUGAAGUGCAGCACGCGCGCGCUCAGCGAAGACGACACGGCUAUCCUUCGGGACAUCCAGGAAACGGUAGGCGGCGUGCCUCUAGGGCUCGCCCUCGUCGGCGCGAUGCUCUCCGAGGUCCCCAUCGGCCCGGCCGAGCUCCGGGGCGCGAUGCGCCGCGCGCCGCAUCGGGCGCCGACGUGGGAGGCCAGGGACGACGCCGCGCUGCGCGACAACCCGGGCCUGGUGCAGCUCCUGGACGCGUGCUUCGCGCUGCUGGGGCGGGAGGCAGCCGGGCUCGAGGAGGUGUCUCUCCGGCUGCUGGAGGCCAGCAGCUUCUUCGCGCCGGUGCCGAUCCCGGCGGCGAUGCUCGUAGACGCCGCCCACGCGGCCGUAGCCGUCGAGACGCCGUGGAAGCGGUUCAAGCGCACGAUGAAGCUACCCUGCGCCUCGCCGCGUGCGCCGUCGUUCGCCGGCAGCGCUGAGCAGGAGGCGCUGGCGACGCUGCAGCGCCUAGGGGUGGUCCGGCGGAGCACGCGGGAUGGGUGCGUCUCCGUGCACGGCGUGUUCCGGCUCUUCAGCCGCAAGAUCGGCUCCGGCCGGGCGGCCCGCGCCGUCAUGGACGCCGUCGCCGCGGCCGCCGCGCAGGGUGGCGCGGCGCGGAACGCCGACGACCACACGUGGGCGGCGUGCCUAUCUCUGUUCAGGUUCGAUGCGCCGGCGGCGAGCGUCGAGCUGCCGGCGCUGGAGCUCGCGCGGUUUGUCACGAGCUCCGUGCUGCCCCUCGCCGCGCACUGCCUGGCCGGGUACUCGGCGUGCAGCGCCGCACUCGAGCUGCUCCGGGAGGCCACCGACGGCGUCUUCGAGGCCGAGGAGAAGUACGUCGGCGCGCCUCGCCGGAGCAGCAACGGCGGCGUGUACGUGGAGCUGGACCCGAAGGUGUACCGGGAGCUCGCGCGGGCGAGGGCGGAGCUCCUGGUGGCGCGGGCGAGGGUGAUGAUGAGGGCCGGCGAGCGCGCCGUCGCCAAGGACCACUGCCAGUCGGCGAUCAACAUCCUGGAGGUGGUCUCCGGCGACUGGCACCCUGCGACGCUGGCCGUCCGGGGGUUUCUAGAGCAGGACGUGCUCGUUCAAACCUUGAACGGAGUAGAACCCACCACGGUGUAG